UUGAACUUCAGUUGUGAUUGAUUUGUUGUUCAGUCUUAAAUACAACCCUGAAAAUUCUUAUCCCUAAGAAAUCAGCUUUUGAAAAAAGUAGUGAUGUUUUCGGUUUGACAUUAGUAGCACACUGGAAUGUGUGAUUGCAGAUGUCGGCUUUACAAACUGGAAUGCUGAGCUUAGAGGAUUGUAAUUUCACUCUGGGGACAGGCUUGACCGAGCAAGAAGAGGUAGCGCAGGAUCUGCGUAAGGUGAUGGAGAAUAUGCGGGAACAGAAAAAACAGUUGUUGAAGCAGCAGGCCGGCCUCAGAGCCACCUUAGCGACUCUCACCGCAUUGGUCAAAAAUGCUGGUUUGCCGUGCAAGAAGUGCCAGAAUAAUGAAAAAACAGGAAAUGGGACAGCAAACACAAGUCAGAACCAGGCACAAGUCUGUGAACCGCCUGAAGAUAUUGUGUGUUGUGGAAUUGAAGACUGUGAGGACUUUGAGUACUUCGAUGAGGACCAUAUCUGGUCACUGUGCAACCAGUUGUUCCACAGAUCUGCCAAGUUUGAGGACUUCCAUAGCCACGUCCUGACUCACUUCUCGGAUGAGGAUGGGGAUUUAGACUCCAUCAUCUCCAACAACUACCACGUCGUCACUAGAGACAAUAAUAGUAAUGAAUAA